AAUGAUAAUAAAAUCAUUAAAUUGGAUAGGUUCCCGGUUGGACUAUCAUUAAAAUAAAUGAUUUAUUUUGUAUUUUUCCAUUUAUUUUUAGCUUUCUGAUCUGUAAUAAAGGGGAGAUUUCCGCCUCUCAAGGCAGCAGAUCUUCAUUUGGCGUGCUGCGUGAAACAUCUGGAAGCCACGGGGCUUCCUGUCUCUGCUCUCCGUCCCCUCUACAUCCUCGUUAAAUAAAUAAAUAAAUGAAUGAAAAGAUUUUACAGCAGCAAUAUCAUCCUGUCACCGGAGGGAAUCUCAGAUCUGUGUCACAGCAGUAACAGCCAGAGUCAUACCGGAAACCAUGUGAACCGGUCUUCAAAAUAAUGCUGUGUCACUAAAAAGAUGGUGUUGUUCCAGUGCUACAGAUAAAACUGGUAUUAAAAUGGCAUAGUUUAUAGUUAACAUGAUAUAACACAAUAUUCUAUUUAUAAUAUAGUAGAUACAUGUUUAUACCCUGCUAUGUGUUUUUAUUGAGUCUUGUCAAUCAUUAGUUGUCAAAGAACAUUGAUUGAUUAGAGUAUAGCUAUCUAAUUAGAAUUAAUAGAAAAAUGCUGACAUUGUAUUGCUAAGUAUGAAGUAAGUAUUACGUAUUGUAUGUUUGUAUUUAAAUGUAUGUAUGUAUUCAAUAUAAGUAUAUUUAAAAUAUAUCUUUUUUAAAUGUCAAUAACCCAUUGUAGGAUGUCAGUAACUAGAGGUGUGCGGACGAUUCAUAAAUAAGAGGAAUUUCCACAUUUCAACAACAUAAAGCCAUUGUAUUUAUCACAAAUAAUCCAAACAGCAGUAACCUAUGAAAUUAAUUCAAGUAAAAUAAACGAACCCAAACAGAAUAAUUGCAAUGAAAUAAUAAAAAAUAAAAAAUAAACAACCACAACAAUAAUAACAAUAAUAGUGUAUAAUAUAUUUCACUUAUUCUAGAUUCGUCUAUCAAUGCCCUUAUUUGAAAUUAAUACAAGUAAAAAAAUUAAAAUGAAAUAAUUGCAAUGAAGUAGUAGAAUAGACAAACAACAACAACAACAAUAAUUAUUAUUAUAAUGUAUAUUAUGUUUCACUUAUUCCAGAUAAUUAAUGAAGUAAAACAAACCCAAAUAAAAUAAUUGCAUUGAAAUAGUAAAAAUAAAUACAUACAUAUUAUAUAUAAUGAACAACAAAAACAACAACAAUAAUAAUCAUCAUAAUAAUAAUGUAUAAUAUGUAAUUAUUCCAAAUUCCUCCAUCAAUAUAGUUAUUUGUGACAUUGUGUAUAGUCAUCAUGUUUUACUUUGAAAGGUGUCAGCGGAAGUUGUACAACUAGUACUGAAUCUGACUUGACUGCUGGUAAAUCAACGUGUUUGGCAUUGCGUUGCACUGAUGCUAUGCGUGCUGUGUGGACCCAGCUAUCUCCAUCCACUGUACAACAGCAGCAGCGUCCCUUUAUCAGCCCAGAAACUGCACCGUCUGGCGGGAACCCGAUAACGAAGUACCGCCCGGCAGAGCUAGCCCGCCCGGCGCAUGGACGGUCCAGCACAAUGGCAGAGGAUAUGUGGGUGCCUCUGUUGUAUACCAACAACAGGUCGCAUGGAUAAUUCCUCCCCAACCCUUCCGUAUCAUCUCGUGUUUGGGAUGAUUAGAGCGCCGCUGUCGGCUUGAUGUGGCAGGGGAGCCGUGCGGGAGCGGGCUUCUCGUCCCGGCUGUCGACAGCGAGGGAAAACGGUGUGGACCAGGUGCGUUGAUGACGGGGAAUUACCGCACGUUCUCAAAUAACACCGAGGUGCGGGGCAGGUGUAGUGUGGCUGGGGGGCUCAGCAGGAUGGAAAUAGAUGCCCGUUUUCGCUACUAUUUCCAGCACCCAUGGUCACGUCUCAUCGUGGCCUAUCUCGUCACCUUCUUCAAUUUCCUCGUCUUCGCCGAGGACCCCGUUUCCCACAGCCAGACGGAGGCCCACAUGAUCGUGGUGGGAAACUGCUUCUCCUUCCUGUUCAACAAGUACCCGGGCCUCGGAUGGAACAUCCUCAAAGUAGUGUGCUGGAUACUGGCCAUUAUCACUGGCCUGUUAGCUGGGAAGUUUAUAUUCCACCGCCAGCUCUUUGGUCGAUACCUGCGCCUGAAAAUGUUCCGCGAGGAUCAUGGCUCCUGGAUGACCAUGUUCUUCAGCACCAUCCUCUUCCUCUUCAUCUUCUCACACAUCUACAACCUUUUCCUGCUGAUGGCUGGGAGCAUGAAGCCUCACAUGGUGACAGAGUACAUGGGCAUCAGGAAUGAGAGCUUAAUGAAGAUUGCUGCAGUGGGGACGUGGAUGGGAGACUUUGUCACGGCUUGGAUGGUGACAGAUAUGAUGCUCCAGGAUCAGCACUACCCAGACUGGGGCAAAGCAGCUAGAAGGUUCUGGAAACAAGGCAACAACAGGAUCGUUCUCUUCUGGACAGUGCUCAUCUCUCUGACGUCGGUGGUGGUUCUGGUCAUCAGCACCGACUGGAUCAGCUGGGACAACUUGAACCGAGGCUUCCUGCCCAGCGACGAGGUCUCCAGAGCCUUCCUGGCCUCCUUCAUUUUGGUCUUCGACCUUCUCAUUGUCAUGCAGGACUGGGAGUUCCCUCACUUCAUGGGUGACCUGGAUAUGAAUCUACCAGGAAUGUCAACAACGCAUGUGAAGGUCAAGCUUCCUGUCUGCAAGAGUAUCUUUAAAGAGGAGUACCACAUUCAUAUCACAGGUAAGUGGUUCAACUACGGUAUAAUUUUAAUCGUGCUGAUUUUGGACCUCAACAUGUGGAAGAACCAGAUCUUCUACAAGCCCUACGAGUAUGGUCAGUACGUCGGGCCCGGUGAGAAGAUCUACACAGUGGAGGAGCCAGAAACCCUCAUUAACUUCAACCACAGCACCCUCACCUACAAGUGGCGCUCCACCAACAUCGACCCCAACACCAACUCAACCUACGUGGAGCGGGACAUGUUCCUCCACAGCCGCUACGUAGGAGCCAGCCUGGACGUGAAGUGCCUGGCCUUCAUCCCGAGCCUGGCGGCGUUUGUCCUCUUUGGGUUCUUCAUCUGGCUGUUCGGGAGAUUUCAGGACAGCGAGACCUUCACGGAAAACCAAGACAAGACAUAUGAAAGGAUCAAGAGGAAGUCGCCGUCGGAGUACAGCAAGGAGAUGGGCGUGACGCCGGAGGAGACUCCUGUGACCAUGAGCGAGAGUCUCAAACAAUCGGGGACACCCAUGCUGCUUUCGGUGGACGGCCCACACUUUGGGGCGACGCCCUCUACGAACUCUACUAUUUCCAUGGAGACCCAAGAGACACAUCCGAGCAUUGUGAUUGACAAUGCGGAACAGGAGGAACCGGCGGUCUCUUUUGAUGUCCACAAGCUCUCCCCAUGACCUUAUGAACCUCUGAAACUCUGAGCUAUGUAACUGCGGACAGAUUGAAAAUGAGAACUCGAGAUGUAGAUCGUCAAGAUCUCAAAUUGUUGCUGUUCUUCGGGACAGGACCAAGCUGCAACAGACAUUGAACACAACUGUUCACGAGAUUCAAGAAAAGGACAAGGUGACGUCAGAUGAACACCAAGCCAGUCCUGACGGCUAUUGCAGUUGCAUUUGUUUGAAUAUAUUUUUGUAAAGCAAUUCAUUGUUUUCAAAACAAUCUUUUUAAAAGCCUCAAAAAACUGCACCAAUUCUGAUAACUAACGCAUCUUUUAAAACAGAAUGCAAACUUUUAAUUGACAUGGUGCUCGCUUGGAUUUUGCAUUUUCAUAACUCAAUUUGGCAUGGUAAACUAUUUUGGUGCCUAUAUAUCAGAGGAGUAUUUCUACAGUCGUGACACUGCAGUCAGGUGGAUUUUAUUGUAUCACACCAGUGUUACAGCUACACUAGUGCCUUGAUAUUUCAUAUGUUCAGAUACAGACAGAAACAUAUACUGACAGUCUAUACUACUAUAGGCAACAAAAUGGAAGAUGUCCUAGUUACAGUCUGCUAUAUUAAUGUCUUAUACAUGCUUUCAUAUUAUACGGACAAUUGUUACCUCAUUUGAUCCUCAGACUUUAUCAUUUUAAUUUAUACUCAUGUCGGUCUCUCACGUCUGUCUUACUCAAUUUUAACCGUCUCAGUCUCAUUGAAAAGACAUGAACAUCAGUGUACCAUCAGUGACGUUUUCAUAUCCUUUCACUUGAUAUUAGUAGCAGAGAGAAUAAAUGCAAUCAGAUCAAAAAGCAAACCAACAAGCCACCUCAUGAUUGCUUAUGUGGCUGCUGCACCUGGACUGAAUACCAACAGAGUCAGAAAGGUGGUUUUGCCCUUGGCAUAAACAUGCCAUUGAAGUGCAAGGGAGGCUUCUGCUCCAAAGCUCAGGGCUUCUUUAUGUCUAGAUAAACCUUAAACAUUUUAGAAGCAGUUUUGCCAUCAUGGUAAAUGCAUGAGAAAUUAAUUAUUUAUUUGAAACUUUAUCCUACUGUAAAAAAAAAAAAAAAAAAAACAGCCUGCAGCAUUUAUCUUUACACUGGCUUUUGAAAGUGUUGGCUGCCUUUUUACAUAUUUUCCUGUGCUUGACAGUCUCUUUUAAAAUACAUAUAUUUGGAGUUUUUGGUCUACUAACUGAAAUACUAACUCAGUUAUUACUGCAUUACUAACUGUUGUUUAAUAUAAGUUUGUCACAUUCCACUUUGCAUAGAAUUAUCACCAAAGAUACCAAAUAAUAAUUCUGAAAUUUGAAUAUUGCUGCAUCAGAUGAUAUGCUUAUUUAAAAGAGAUAUAUUCAUGAUAGACAAAGUGGAAUAUUAUGUGCUCUUGCAUCACUCUGCAUUAUAAUGGAGUGUAAUGUGCUAUAAUAUCCUGGAAAACUAGGGUCUAUCAAAAACAACUACAUAUUUUGCUCCCCAACACCUCAGUCCUGACAGAAUUUUGUUCAACAUUAUUUGCGUUCAAAGUAAUGUAGCCUGGGGUGUCCCACCAGAAUAGUUGCAAUGUUCAACUAUAAUCAAUUAAUAAAUGGAUUAAUUUUUUAAAAAGCUAUUUUAAAUAAUUCUAUUAAAUUUGCUGGCAUUUAUAUAUUUACAUACUAAAGUAAAAUAAUGCUUAGAAGAUCAAUCUAGAAGAUUAUUUUAGCCAGUUAUUUAUUUUCCGUAUUCUGUCUAUAAAUGACAAAGGAAGCAGAAUUAUUGUCAAAUGUAUUUAUCUAUUUAUUUUUAAUUAAUAACCAUUUAAAUGUAACUUUAAUGAUAUAAAUUUAUAAUAGAUUUUCUUUUGUUUUAAUUUAUUAAUUGAUUACAUAAAACAGUUAAUAAUUCUUCCGGUGACACUCCAGGCACCUUACAGCAAUUCCCUGUGAAUGUGUGUGCUUGUGUGUGUGUGUGUACACUAUGGCGACAGAUGUGUACAUAUUUGUCUGUAAAGAAUGUUUUAUACUUAAUAGUGCAUGUUGUGUGUGAGAGUCUGUCUCUAUGUGUGUGUGUGUGAGUGUGUGUGUGUGUGUGUGUGUGUGUGUGUGUAUUCCUGUGUGCAAUGGAGGCUUGUGAAGUGCGUAGGUGUUUGCUGCUACACUUGUUUUUGACAAAGGCCAUUCUGUGAAGAGGUCAGUUUAUUUAGCAUAAUUGGUUUGCAGCUCUUGGUUCUGUAAUUAUCCUUUUAUACAUUACAGCGCUAUGAACACAUUAGAUAUUAGUGUUUCACCAAAGGGCAGAACCUCUUUGGACUUGAAGGGGGUCUAAUAUGUUUGUAACGUAUUGUGUUUUGGUCAAAAGUGAGGGUUUCCUCUUUGUUGUUCAUUCUAUUUUCAUUGAAUUGUGUUCAGACCUUUCCUGUGUGUUUGUGCUUUUUUUUGUUUUUGUUUUUUAAAGCAGAGAAAAUCUCCUUUCAGUGUUUGCUCAGUGUACUGUACGUCUGUUGAGCCUUGUGUUACCAAUAAAUUAAUACAUUUGUUAUAUACUCUA